AUGUUCGGUUUGGAGAUCUGUACAGAUCCGUCGACUAUUACUGCUGUACUGCAGAGAGGUCGGCUCUGUACGUGGCGACGGUGUGCGGCCACGAAGAAGCGGCGAGACUACUGCUUUCCGCCGGGGGCGGACGCACGCUUUGAGGACCCCGUGGACCGGUUUUGUGUGCUUCACGAGGCUGAUUACGGGGGGCACGAACAGCUGGUGAAGGACAUGUUGAUAGCUGAUGCAGACCCAAGUCGGCUCAGUUCCGCUCCUUCAAGAAUUAGUCCAUUGCACCAAGCUGCCCUGGGUGGGCAUCCGAGUAUUGUGUCUGCCCUGUUGCUCAAGGGGGUAGCCAUCGAUGUUCUGGACGGGUGCGGGGGGUCGCCACUGAUAUGGGCAGCAGACGAAGGCCAGUUGGCUGCAGCCGAGGCUCUAUUGGCUGCUGGUGCCAAAUUCAAUAUCCGGAGCACUGACAGAAAAAAUAGCGGCUGCGCGGCCCUCGACUGCGCUGCGUACCAUGGGUACGCCCACAUCCUGAAAGCAAUUCUUGCACAUGGGGCCGAUGCGAAUGCUCGUGACUACAGGGGCCUCGCCGCUCUGCACACCGCUGCUGGUGCAGACCAGGCGGGUAUAUGAUUGAGGAAGGAGCAGACGUCGAUCUGAUGACAAACGACGGGCGGACACCUCUCGCCUUUGCCGCGUGUGCCAGCAACAACUAAGCUUUGCUAGCCCUCUUGCAUAGUGGGGCCGUGGUAAAUAAGUGUGGUGCAAACAAGAAGUACACACCAUUGCACGAUGAUUGCUGUGGGAGGUCUGCAGGCCUGGCUGAGACGGUGGAUAUUCUGCUGAGAUGGGGAGUAGACGAAACGGCCUUCACAACUGGUGGCCAAACCCCUGCGCAUUUGUUCGACAGACCCGCACUCUUGCACGAGCCAGAGAAGCCAUACUGUUCGGAUGAAAAUAUGAAGCGCACACGCCUGUUGUUGGCCCGGGCGGAGGCGGAUAGAACGUGGCGUCGUCGGAGCUGGCUGAUAAUGGUCCGCUCGCGCGCCUCGAAGACGAAAACGAACGACGAAACAAGUGGCAAAGGCGGCGGUGAUUCAAACGAAUCUGCUGGCCGAGCAAUAGAUAGCUGUAAGGUUGCGAAAUCUGAGGGCGCCACAGGUUCCGUUGUACAGGAUGUGAGCGGGCAGGCUCAAUACGGCGGGAGUGGAGGUGGAGUUGGAGCCAAGGGUGCGGACUUGAGCAGCGUGGUGGCGUUGCUGGUGGGGCUUGAGCUUGAGGGCUUGUUCCGUACAGUCGUGGGUUUUCUUUGAACGCGGGAGCAAGAUGAAGAGCCUUGAAGCGUUGGUGAGGUCAGAGGUGUUGCCGCUUAGGCUCUGGUGGCUAGCGAUCCUGGACUAAGUUGGUGUGUUGGUAGAUGG